ACGAUCGAUCGAAAAGUACACAACUCGUUUUUAAGGACGCUCCAAAUUCGUCAAUGAACGAAAGUAAGAGCGAAUAAUAAGCCCGAGUACCUGCAGAGUACCACUUAGACGGCGCGUACCAUACACACCUCCUUUAAUCUCUCAGUGAUAUAAUAAUUUUGUUUAUUAUUUAAGUGGGUAACACCUGAAGAGUACUUGCACUUUAGUCGCGAAAAAAUGCUCUUAUAGCAUCACAUCCGUAAUUAUUGUCAAUAAAAAAAGAAUAAAUCAACAUGAGGACUGUAAACAUUGGCUCUAUGGUACCUUGGGUACUAGCUCUAUUACUGUGUUUUUACGUACAAGUGAACUCUGGCAAAGAAUGCCCUCAAAGCAAAAGACUGAGUACCAGUAAGUUGGUUUGUUAUUAUAGUUCUUUAGAGGAGGUUGACGGGUGCUACUGCAGUCAUGUCAUUUUGCCGGCCAAUUCGGACGUUAAAGGUAUCGAAAAAGUGAAAGAAAAGGCAAAGGGCGUGAAGAUCUAUGUGACCGUCAAUGAGUUUAAUCAGGGUCUAAUCGAUCUUCUAAAAUCAACAAAAAUCGACGGUUUGGAGCUGAACUUAAAAAAACUUGACUCGAAAAAUGACAUCAGCGAUUUCAUAUCGACGGUCAAAUCAAAGAUCGGAACUGACCUGGAUAUCGCUUUGGCAGUCCCCUCUAAAGCUGAACUGGUUGCUAAAUACUUUGAUUUUAAAGCAUUGAACAAGCAUACUGACCUCUUCAUAUUGGAAACGGCAUUCUUGGGAGCAUCGGCCAAUGUCACUUUCCAUCCAAGCAGAUUGUCUGGAAUGUGGGAUAUGCAGAACACGGACUCCGUGGUUGAUCUUGUCAGUGGUCUUGGAGCUCCUCUAGCAAAAGUGGUAAUAGCUGCUCCAGUGCAAGCUUUCCAGUUCACACUUCAAAAUUCAGAAUAUUCGGCUCCAGGAAGCCCAGCUUUAGAGUUACAGUCAAUCACAAGAAAAGAAUUAUGUAGGUUAAUGAAGGGCAAUAAAAAUUGGACUUUGGAGAGGGAUGAAGACCAAGCCGGACCCUACAUUUUCAGCAAAAACCAAUGGAUAGCUUUUGAAGAUUCAAAAUCCAUAGAUAUUAAGGCUAAAUAUUCCAGAGUGAGAGGUUUAGCUGGUAUAGCCCUUAAGGAUUUAUCUCAAGAUGGCAAUGGGUGUGGAUCAACGAUUUUAGAGGAUGCUUAUAAUGGAUUAUCGCGACAAGCUAGAGCUCCAAGAGGUGCAGUACUUCAUUCGCUAGAAAGGGAAAUUACCGAUGGUUCAUCAAAAUCUUUAGAUUCUGUUCAGUUGUCCCCAUUUAGGAUUUCUAGAAUUAUCGACACCGAGGGAAAAAUUCAUGUUACAAGACAGGAUACAAGAACAGAAUUUCAAUGCUCCAGACAAGGAUAUUUCGUUCAUCCAAGAUCUUGCAACAGAUUUUAUCGAUGCGUGAAAUUCGAUCAAACAUCCGAAGAUUACAACGUAUUUGAGUUCGAUUGUCCAGCAGGUUUGGCCUUUGAUGAGAGAGUGGAAGUAUGCGUCUGGCCUGGAAGCCUUCCUCAUGGCACGCCAUGUUCUGGAAGCAGUGAAAUCGCUCCAGUACCAAAAGAAAGAUUUGUAUGCCCGUCAGAACCAGGCUAUUACCCAGAUCCAGAAAACUGUCGUUGGUUCUUUGCUUGUCUGGAUCAUGGCAAAUCUCCUUUAUCCGCCUAUGAGUUUAGGUGCCCCUACGGUUUGGUAUUCGAUGGUAAACGGUUAGUCUGUGAAUGGCCUUGGCUGGUAGCCAGGUGUGCAAGUGAUCUCGGUGUAGGCCUUGAUACCGAGUACUACUAUGGUGGUACUGGUUCUGGUCAAGGUUAUGCGCUACGAGGUCCUCAGUCAGCUGGUGUAAUUUUGGAAAACUACAACGGCUUGGGACAACUUGGAACUCUUAAAUUAGAAGGAGUCUCCGGUAAAUUUGUAAAACCAAUCGCCACAGUUUACAGUAAUGUUGGAUCAGGCUCCUUGGGUUUGGGAUACCAAAACAGCAACGGAUAUAUUGAAGGUGGUGGACUAAGUUAUAAGGCCGCUUUAGCAUUACAAAAUGCCGGAUUACUUAAAGUUAAUAAUGGAGUCGGAUAUCAGGCCAAUGGACAACAGGCAACAAUAUACGGUACAUCUGGACAAGGAACGCAAUAUUCAGGUCAAUCUCAAGGUGCGAUUUUAGUCAAUACAGGAGAAAAUUAUGGUUCUGAUAAUGCAGCUUUUGGGCACGCUACUAAUUAUCAAACUGGACAAUAUAGCGCAAAUGGAGCUAAGGUUUAUUCUUCAGGACAAUACGAUGCAUCUAUCGGUAAUGGAUAUCAAGAAGCAGGCAAUCUCCAUGUGGUCCAGGAAAAUGUUGCUACUGGUUAUGGUGGGCACUCAGGUCAAUACUCUACUGAGGCUCAAGGAGCGGUAAUUAAUUAUCAAAAUGUGGGAACAAUUGCAAGUGGAUAUAAUAAUUAUCAAGACAAAAACGUUAAUAUUGUCCAAGGUAAUAAUCUAGCAACAGGCUACAGUUCAACUGGAUCUGGAACUUCUUCUCAAAGAGUUACUCAAGGAAGUGAUGUACAAGGCACCGACUAUGAUGGUGGCAGCAUAGAGCUUGGUAAGCAGGCUUACAAUUAUGAGUAUGUUGGUUCGGGAGAAAAUACAUUUGGAAAUAAACUGGAAGGAAAAUAUCAAGGAACAAUUCAAGAUGGUCAUAGUGGAGCGGUCUCAACUCAAACUAUAACCCAGUAUCAUGGUCAGGGAGAAGUUAGUGGAGCAAGCGCAGAUGCCGGAAGUAUUAAUAUUAUUGGUGGAGGAUAUUCUGCAGUUGGAUCCCUAUCAGGAGUUGACGUUUCAAAUAAUGGAGAAACACAUAUAUUUUCGGGCUCGCCUGCUAUAAUUUCUUCAACCACUGCACCAUCUGAUAAAAUAGUAUCUGUCCCCACAGUAGUUUCUGUGCCUGUACCUGGAAUUAAAACUGCAACUGGUUUUGAGACGUUAAGAGGUGGAGUAAUCGCCAACAUCCCUGAACUUCAGUACAAAGUUAAAACUCAUGAUAUUGGCCUAUUCAAAAACUUUUCUAACGGUUUCGCUAACUUUGUGGUUACUCCAACUAUAACCAAUCAAAACGAGCAUUUGCAAACCUAUUCCCAUAAUGGUGGAUUCGGUAAUAAACUGAAUAGAGUCACAGUGACCACUGCAAGACCUUUUGUAUCAGUUACAACAGCUCAACCGCAAACCUACAUUUCAUCUACUGUACAGCCUGUUGUUACCGUAGAGCAUCAAACUCCCGUCAGUGUAUCUUCCAAUAACUUCCAAGAAUAUAAUACAAAUGGAGGCUAUAAAUAUGAAAAAGCUUCUUUAGAAUUUGAACAAAAGCCUCAGUUAGUAGCAGUAUCAACUGCCAGACCUGUUAUUGUACAGCAACAACCUCAAAUUAUUGUAUCAUCUACUCCAGCUGCGCCGGCAGUAUCAACUUAUAGUUAUACCCAACAAACUGACAAAGGUGGUUUUGUUUAUGAGAAACCUUCCAACCCCACCAUAAUUUCCAAAUUUUCUAUUAGAAAACCCGUAGUUCAAUUAAAGCAAAAAACUGUCAUUGAAGAUUACACCUAUCAACAGCCUCAAACUUAUUACCAGCAACCAAGUGUGCAGUUGUAUCAACAACCAGAAUUGCUUAAGACUUACUCCUACCAAAAACAACCAGUUAGCACGUAUAGCUAUAAAAAUGUUGCACUACAAGCUGUAGGUGCUUAUCAGCAGCCUCAAGUUACUCCUGUUGAAAUCUAUGGAUCUAGAAAUCAAUAUGCUAUUUAUGGUAAUAAGCAGCAAGAAGGUUAUGUAUAUGAUAAACCCUCUAUUAGAUUUGAAGAAAAUCCUGUAGUGUAUUCUACACCGAAACCAGCGGUGGUUAAUACCUAUUAUAACAUUGAUAAUUCACACGUAAAAUCUCAAGAGACUACUGGCUAUGUUUAUAAUAAACCUUCCGUUGAAGUCCAGGAAGCUUCCGUUACAUAUUCCACUCCCCGUCCAACCGUUGUAGCAGAAACACCAAAACCUGCUGUUGUAACCAGCUAUUUUAAUCUAGAAAACUCUCAUGCUAAAUCAGGCAGUUCGCAGCAAGUUGGCAGUGGCUAUAUUUAUAACAAACCAGCAAUUCAAUUCCACGAAACUCCAGUAACCUAUUCUACCCCUCGACCUGUUGUUACUGUCCAACCCAUAGUAUCAGUGGAACAACCUCAGCAAUCAGUUCUAACCAGCUAUGACGCACAAUCUGAGACUAAUUCGCAUAAGAGCAGCACCGGUUACGUUUAUAAUAAACCGUCUAUUGAAUUCCACGAAUCACCAGUAACAUAUUCCACACCUAAACCGUUGGUUACUAUUCAACCGGUAGAAGAAGCGCAACCAGCAGUGGUAACCAGUUAUUUCAAUAUAGAAAACUCUCAUGCAAAAUCUGAAAACCAGUUUGGUAGCGGGUAUGUCUAUAAAAAACCAUCCGUUGAAUUUCACGAAGCUCCAGUAACGUAUUCUACUCCUAAACCCGCGCUUGCCGUACAGCCUGUGGUACCAAUAGAGCAACCCCAGCCAGCUGUUGUUACCAGCUACUUCAAUUUGCAAAACACUGGUGCAAAUUCUGAUAGCAAUUCAUACCAAAGUAGCAGUGGCUAUGUCUAUAAUAAGCCAUCUGUUCAACUUCAUGAAUCAUCAGUCACAUAUUCCACACCUAAGCCUCUAGUUACCGUUCAACCUAUAGUACCAGUAAAGCAACCACAAGCAGCUGUGGUAACCAGUUAUUUCAAUUUUGAAAACGCUAAUGCAAAAUCUGAGAGCAGUUCACAUCAGUCUGGAGGGGCCUAUGUCUAUAACAAACCCUCCGUUGAAUUCCAUGAAGCUCCAGUUACGUAUACCACACCUAAACCAUUUGAAGCCGUAGAGCAGGUGGCAGUUACUUAUUCCACCCCUAAACCUAUUGUUGACCUACAACCUGUGGUACCAGUAGAACAACCUCAGCCGGCUGUUGUAACAAGCUAUUUCAACUUGGAGAAUACUCAUACAAAAUCCGAGGGUAUUUCACAGCAGUCUGGUACUGGCUACGUUUAUGACAAACCCUCUGUUGAAUUUAUUGAAUCUCCCGUAACGUACUCUACACCUAAACCUGCGAUUACCGUACAACCUGUGGUACCAAUAGAACAGCCGCAGGCAGCCGUGGUGACCAGUUAUUUCAACUUAGAAAACUCUCGUGCCCAAUCUGAAAGUAGUUCGCAUCAGUCUAGCGGUGGUUAUGUUUACAACAAACCAUCUAUUGAAUUCCAUGAAACACCAGUGACUUAUUCGACAGCUAAACCUGUGGUGGCAGUAGAGCAACAAAAACCUGCUGUUGUAACAAGCUACUUUAAUUUAGAUAAUUCGCAGUCUAACUUGGAGAAUUCCAAUGGUGGAUAUGUUUACUCCCAGCCGGCCGUACAACAAGUGGAUACCUCAGCGAUCCCUGGUGUAGUCAGCACUUACUUUAAUUCGCAAUCCAACCAAGAAAACUCAGAACAUCAGCAAUUAAAUGUUGGAUACUCUUAUCCCAAGCCAGCAGUGAAGUUUGAAGAGGCCCCGUUGAUUAUUUCGACUCCAAAACCUUUUGAAGUGAAACAAGAGAAUUUUGGAUAUAGUUAUCCUAAAACUGCUGUGAAGUCUGAAGAGACACUUGUAGUAUACUCUACACCUCAACCGACGGUACAGCCAGCUGUUGUUAGCAGUUAUGUAAAUAUUGGUUCCAAACAUGACGAGCAGCAGAAUGUACGUUAUGAAGAGAGACCUGCGGUAUACUCAGCUCCUAAACCAGCACAGGCAGCUGUAGUUACAAGUUAUUUUAAUCUUGGUAGUUCAACCUCCAAACCAGAAGUUUACGCUCAAAAUGGGGACUAUGAGCAAACAAUCUAUUCUACUCCAAAGCCAGCUGUAGUGAGCAGUUAUAGUUAUGUAGCGCCAAGUACUCCUAGGCCUGCUAUACAAGAAAAUGUCGGAUAUACUUAUCCAAAACCUUCUGUUGGUUUCGUAGAAAUGCCUCAGCUAGUUAAAGAGGAGCCUUUUGUUAAAAAGACUGCAUACGUUACAGGGCAGUAUGAGCAAAAUAUACAAGAUAAUUUUGAUUAUAGGCAGAAUGGAGAGGUAGUAGAAAACUACCAAUUUCCUCAGUAUGAAAAAGUGAAGCAAGUGCUAUUUGGAGAAAAACUGUAUCGAAAGCAAGAGCAAAUUCAGUAUCAACAACCGCAGGUUAUUCUAAACUAUGUCCAAUCGACGCCAAAACCCACCUUUGCAUCAACAAUCAGAACUAUCGCUAGAAAGAAGAGUCAACCAGUAACGCCAGCAACUGUAACCUUCUAUGACAGUCGUUACACAUCGACCCCAGUUUACAGUUCCACAUAUACUCCAGAGAUUCGCGUAACCAGUACUAGCAGACCAAUUUCUAAAUUUGAAUUCGGUAGCCAAGACGAACAAUAUCAAUACAAAAAUUUAGUGAAAUCCACUACAGCUCAGCCAGUGAGAACAUAUAUUCCAGUAACUUCUACAGUGAAAUAUACCAGUGCACUUCCGAGCGUGACUAAAGGCAAGGUGGUCGAAGAAUACAUUGCCCCAGAGGUAACCACUUUGGUAAGAGAUUAUGUACCUGUAAGAAUCAGCACCAAGGCUCCAUCACGAGAAUAUUUACCGGUAGAAGUUUCCACAGAGCCUCGUAGAAGAAUUAAAGUUACUAGUACUACAGCCACUCCAGAAAUCACCACUUUAAAUCGAGAAUAUUUGCCUGUUAGAGCAAGAGUGCAAAUUACCACAACAGCAUCUCCAAUUGAAGAUCAAACUUACACAGUUAGACCUCGAGUUAGACCCGCAGCGAUCAAAGUCUCCAGGCCGGUAACGGUAAUCAAGCAAAACGAUGCUCAUCCGCUCCUCUCUGCAAAAUUGGGUGCUCAAUGCACUUGCGUAUCCAACACUUUAAAAUUACGCAAGAAUCAAAAGAUCAUUAUUGUAGAAGAUGAGGAGAACGAAGACGAUGAUGAUGGCUACAUUGUUGAUAACGGAGAGCAAGGUAUCGUGGAGAACUAUGAAGCUCAACGAGUAGUUGAUAUUACGCCCAAUGCUGAGCAAGUGUAUCUGAAGAGCACUACACCUAAACCACUCGAGAUUAGGAGCAGAGUUAAAGUACGUCCUGUAUCAAACAGAUACCUUCCAGUAACUGAAGUGUCUGAAGUAUUCAUAAGGAAAAAUACUAGUCCAGCUAUAAUCGAUGACGAUUCACCUUCAGAUAAAGAAAUUGCUAAAGCCGUGCGAACUGGAUUGAAAUUAGUGAAACAGGCUGCCAAGGAAGGUGCUAAAGAAGGCACAGCAGAGGUUCUCUCCAAUUCCUUGGACCGUUAUGGAUCAGGAGGUGUCCGAAGUCGCUCAGAAACCCUUCAAGGAUCCGUCGACUGUCAAAGGGCCGGACUUUUCCGACAUCCGACGGAAUGCAAUAAGUUCUACGCUUGCAGAUGGGAUUGUACGAAGAAACGCUUUACCCUUCACGUAUUUAAUUGCCCCGUACAUUUGACUUUUGACAAUAGUUUGGGAGCUUGUAACUGGCCAAGUCAAGGACCUGCCUGCGUAGAAAAUACUUUGAUUACCAGCGAUUAGACGAGUAAAGACGUUUCUUUUGUGUGAAAUUAUUAUUGCCAUAUAAAAAUCGAUAUGUAUUAAAAGGGAUCUUUUUACAAAAAAAAAAUUAAUAGAUUCAUUAAAGGGAUACAUUGUUGGUAUUGUGUAUAUUACUUAUGUUAUUAUAGUUUUCUUUGCUGGGAUGUUUUAAUUUCUUUAUAAUCGGUUUAUAUGCUUUUGUGAUAUUUUUGAAGAUGUUCACAUUCUUACUGUUAAAAGUAUUUAUUUUUUACUAUGUUAUUCAAAUUCAUUUUACCAGCCACUUUUUAAAAAAGGGCCUCCAUUUAAAUCAUAUAAUUAUUGUCAUUUUAUUUAUUUUAGCUUAUUAUUUAGUUGCAUUGUUAUAUUUUAUAGCAUUAUGAUUUUACAAGUUUAUAGUAUUUUUCUUUCAACUUCUCUUAAUUUAACUGAAAAGUUUUUUAAAUUCAAGAAACUCCUUGUAGAAUCGACAAAUAUUAAUAAUUUAUUGGGACUUGUAUAAAAUAUUCUUUAUGUAAAGACGUUGUAUAUUUUUAGGUUAUAUUUCUAUAUAAUUAAACUAAAUUAUUGAA